UUCAGUUGCAUUCGUGAAUUCAAAGUAACAUCAUCAACAAUUACAUCUUGUUCUUAAGCGGAUACUUUAAUAAAAAAAAAAUACAAUUAAAAAAACAUAAUUUUUAAUUUUCUUGUGCCUGUGCCCCCAUCCAAUAACAAAUAAUGGAACGUUGGCAAAAUCGUGUUGCUGUUGUCACCGGCGCCAGUUCGGGUAUAGGUUCUGCCGUUACAAAAGAUUUGAUUGCAGCUGGUCUGGUUGUGGUUGGUUUGGCGCGUCGCAAAGAGCGAGUCGAUGAAAUUCGUGCCUCCCUACCGGCCAAACAACAAAAUCGUUUGCAUGCCAUUAAAUGCGAUGUCUCCGAUAUGCAGUCAGUAAAUGAAGCCUUCGAUUGGAUUGAAAAGCACCUAGGCACUGUGGAGAUAUUGAUUAACAAUGCUGGCACCUAUACAUCAGGCCAAUUGUUAACCCUAGAAAUUGAUACAUUACAGCAAACAUUGCAAACAAAUGUCAUGGGUAUUGUCUAUUGUACACGACGUGCGUUCCAAUCAAUGCAAAAGGCCAAUGUUAAUCACGGUCAUGUCAUAUUGAUAAACAGUGUAGUGGGCCAUUAUAUUUUUAAUCCACCACCCGGUUCGGUGCCCACCUUUAAUAUAUAUCCACCCACCAAGUAUGCUGUAACAGGAUUAACAGAAAUUUUACGUCAAGAAUUUCGUGAAUUGAAAACGAAAAUUAAAAUAACGAGCGUUAGUCCUGGUCUAGUGGAUACGGAAAUUGUACCGGACAUUUAUAAAAAAAUGCAAAUGCUUAAAGCUGAGGAUAUUUCAGCUGGUGUUAUGUAUUGUCUCUCUACUCCACCACAUGUUCAAGUGCACGAGUUGACCAUUAAACCAGUUGGAGAAAUGUUUUGAAAUUACACUUGUUAUUUUGCUGUUUUGUAAUUCUAAUCGUUUAGUUUAUCUAACAAAUUGUGUAGUUUUCUAUAUGUUUACGUGUAUGGGCAAUUAAAGUGUUUUUAACGUUUUAAUUA